GAUCAGUGUAACUCUAGCAGUCGAAGGGGGAGGACGUGUCUUCUCGCCCUCUCUCGCACAUCACUUGGUGGACCGCUGCCCUCUCACCCCGCCCGCCCCUCACCCCUCUCCUGCACCUCUCACCCCCGCCUGGCCUGUGUUGGGGGGUGACUGUGAGUGCCUGCAACAACCCCUCCCCUCCCCCCACCUAAGAGAUUGUGGAAAGAUAGACUGAUUUGUGCACAGGACUGACAGACGAGAGCCAAUCAGAACACAGGACGGACGAGAGCCAAUCAGAACACAGGACGGACGAGAGCCAAUCAGAACACAGGACUUGGAGACGCACAACCAGUCACAACGCAGGACUUAGAGACGACCAGCCAAUCACAAUGGUACUCAUUCUUCCCUCUGGACAUGGCGGCUACAUCCCGUUCGUUGAGGUGCCGUGCGAGAGGUUCCUUGGCGAGCUCAUUCAGUGGAUCGUUACGACCAGCCUCUCGUCCAUAGUUUGUCCCCUCGUACCCUGGCUCUGUUGUCCCUUUGAGUUCGAGCCGACGAGCAUAACCAUCAGCAACGACCUCUCCUGCAACGAACCGGGCGCCGUAUACGGGUCGGCAGCGUUCUGGACCAUGGAGGCGGUGUCCAUCGUCGGUAUCGUGCUCACCAUCAUCCACCUCAGCAAGUGCACGGUGGGGGUGGUGUCCGAGAACUUUGAUCCUGAGACCAUACCCAGCUUCAACUUCAGCGACAUAUCCUUGGGCCUCCUGAAGGACUUCGACUACCAAGUGAUAAAGGAGGAUGGGCAGUUCUCCUUCGUCAAGACCAAGGUGGCGCGACUCCUGGAGAACCUGAAGGACGAGGAGGAGGCGAAUAUCAAGGCAAAGGAGGACGCCAGGAAGAAGGAGGAGACAAGGAGGAGGCUGAAGGAGGAGGAGGAGCUGGUGACGAGGUGGAGGGAGGAGGCGUCAGCGGGUUUGGCCUUUCAUAACCAGACCGAGGGCCACCUGUUGAUUAGGAAACGCAGACAGGUGGUUAAUGUACGGAUUCCUACCUUGCUGGGACACGUGGGAGGUGGUGACGAGGCCCCGCGCGACACCUGCCCCCGCGCGGAGGUGCUGGUGGACGACGAAUGCUACCAGGUGCUGACACAGGGCCCGUGCGACGACGAGGAGGUGGUGCUGAUCGACCCGGACACGAGGAGGGGUUUCUGCGGCCCGCGCCUGUGCCCGCUCGACAAGGUGUUCCUCUUCUCCGACCAGAUGUGUCACGACCCCCUGGAGUACGGCUUGUGUCCCCCGGGCCGCCAGCUCUUCUCCAACAGCUUCGGCACGCCCGUGUGUGGCUGCCCCGACGGAACAUACGAGGAGGAGGACGACCUGGACGAGGACGUGUGCGAGCCCGUGCUGGGACACAACGACUGCCCGCCCGGACAGGUGUUCUGGUUCAGUGACUUCAAGAGGCCGGUGGGGUGCCGUCCGGACCCCUGCAAAGGACUCAACCUGAAGCGGACCCGGACAGACCUGCCCUACGUGCCCGCCGUGUAUGAUGGGAAGUGUUACCAGAUCGGCAAGCGACCCUUCUUCUGCAAGUCGGACGAGCUCUACUCCAUCAGCUUCGAACAGUUGAAGGGCGUCUGCACCACCCUGGAGGACGCCGGUUUCAAGGUCCUGGACUCCGACGCUCUCAGCUUCCUGGACGCAACCUUCGGGACAUCCUCCAACACCCAUGCCUACCGCAAGACCCACAAGCCCGCCAGCAAGUCCAAGAUCAUUACCCCGGCGAGCACGACCCUACUGCGAAGACCUGCUAUUGGGGAGGCCGUGAUGCAUGACGAGGAGGAGGAGGAGAGUGCGAGCCGGCUUUCCAUUGGUCAGUCCGCUGUGCCUCGUCGCGGUGGUGAGAACCCGAGCGAUAACGAAGUGGAGGGUGAGGACGAGACCACACCGCUGCACACCCAUCUCAGUGCUUACUCACCCUCGUACAUCACGGUUGGAGGACGCACUGUGACCUUCCUGAACCUGUUUAAUGGGUUGCAGCCCCACAGCCGCCAUCGCCGCGCCCCCCUCCCCUUCGUGUCCCCCGGCAAUGUGUUCGAACCCGGUCUCUCAGCGUGCAGGGCCGGAGCCAAGAGGGACGGGAACGCCAAGUGCAGGGAGACGGUACUCCCGAGCCGCUACCCCCCUUCAAGACGCCGCCGCUCCGUGCCCCCCGUGCCCUCCCACCCCGCCUGCCCGCAAGGCACUUUCCGGGACCUGAAGCGCCAGUGCACGGCCAGCAAGGGCAACAUCGCGUCCUCCAUCAACGCUCUGGGCCUCGGCUAAGCUUGUGAGGCCGUAGCGAGGCGUGGCGAGGCGGUACAUGGCGUGGCGAGGCUUGGCAAGGGAAGGACAAGAGUAAGCGGUUGUAAGAGCUGGGAAAGAAAGAAGAUCGAAAGUGAAAUGGAAGGGAAAGAAUAGGAAGGACUAGGGAGAUGAAGGGACACAGUAGGAGGCAUGGCGAAGAAAGGGGAAGGAACAGGAAGGUUUUAAGAGCUGGGAAAAAGAAUAGGAAGCAAAAUAGAGAUGAGGGAAAGAAAGAAGAUCGAAAGUGAAAUGGAAGGGAAAGAAUAGGAAGGACUAGGGAGAUGAAGGGACACAGUAGGAGGCAUGGCGAAGAAAGGGGAAGGAAGAGGAAGGUUUUAAGAGCUGGGAAAAAGAAUAGGAAGCAAAAUAGAGAUGAGGGAAAGAAAGAAGAUCGAAAGUGAAAUGGAAGGGAAAGAAUAGGAAGGACUAGGAAGAUGAAGGGACACAGUAGGAGGCAUGGCGAAGAAAGGGGAAGAAGCAGGAAGGUUUUAAGAGUGGGAAAAAUAAUAGGAAGCAAAAUAGAGAUGAGGGAAAGAAAGAAGAUCGAAAGUGAAAUGGAAGGGAAAGAAUAGGAAGGACUAGGGAGAUGAAGGGACACAGUAGGAGGCAUGGCGAAGAAAGGGGAAGAAGGAGGAAGGUUUUAAGAGCUGGGAAAAAGAAUAGGAAGCAAAAUAGAGAUGAGGGAAAGAAAGGAGCAGGAAGGUUUUAAGAGCUGGGAAAAAGAAUAGGAAACAAAAUAGAGAUGAGGGAAAGAAAGAAGGAGCAGGAUGGUUGUCAGGGCAUGAGAUAGGAAUAAGGAUAGGAAUGUAGGCGAUGGGAAAGGAGAGAAAGGAGUUGGAAGACGAUGGAAAGGAGUAGAAGGCGUGGGAAUGGCAAGGAGAAGAAGAAGGAAAGAGUAGGAAUGAUUUAAGACCUGGAAAAGUAAUAAGAAGGAGAGUGAAGACGAGGGAAAAAGAUGGGAAAGAGUAGGAGAGAAUAGGGAGGUGAAGGAAGCGAGGAGGAGACUUGGCGAGGCGUGGGGAAGAAGGGGGAGAGAGUAGGAAGGUUGUAAGUGCAUGGGAACAGAAUAAGGAUAGGAGUGAAGACUUGGGAAAUGAUAAGAAAGACUAGGAAGCGUGGGAAAGUUUGUAGGAGCGUGAGAAAAGACUAGGAGCCGUGGGAAAGUUUGAAAAAGCCUGGGAAAGUUUGUAGGAGCGUGAGAAAAGACUAGGAAGCGUGGGAGAGUUUGUAGGAGCGUGAGAAAAGACUAGGAAGCGUGGGAGAGUUUGUAGGAGCGUGAGAAAAGACUAGGAGCCGUGGGAAAGUUUGAAAAAGCGUGGGAAAGUUUGUAGGGGCGUGGGAAAAGACUAGGAAGCUUGGGAAAGUUUGUAGGAGCGUGGGAAAAGACUAGGAAGCGUGAGAAAGUUUGUAGGAGCGUGGGAAAAGACUAGGAGCCGUGGGAAAGUUUAAAGAAGCGUGGGAAAAGACUAGGAACCGUGGGAAAGUUUGUAGGAAUAUGAGAAAAGAAGUAGGAAGCGAGGAAAAGUUUGUAGAGGGGUGGGAAAAGACUAGGAAGCGUGGACAAGUUUGUAGGAGCGUGGGAAAAGAUUGGCAAGCGUGGGAAAAGACUAGGAGGCGUGGGAAAGUUUGAAAAAGCGUGGGAAAAGAUAAGGAACCGUGGGAAAGUUUUUAGGGAUAUGGGAAAAUAUUAGGAAGCGUGGGAAAAGACUAAGAAGCGUGGGAAAAGAUUAAGCAGCGUGAGAAAGUUAGCUGAAUCGCCUUCCCUCACCUUCCUUUCCUCUUUUCCUCCUUUUUUCCUCUCCUUCUUAUAUUAACAAGAGGAGAAGAAGAAGGAGAAGUAAAAGGAGGAGAACAGAGGAAAGAGUAAUGGUUGAAUUUCUCCUUUCUUCUCUUCCUCUUUCUCCUCUCCUUUCUUAUCUUCUUCUUCCUCUUAGAUUGAUACGAGAAGGAGGCAGAGGAAGAGGCGAAGGAGGGAAAGAAGGAGCAGGAAAGAGGAAAAAGUAAAAAUAGUGGAAGAAAGAGGAAGAAGAUGAGGAAGAGUAGGAGGAGGUAAAGAAAGAAGAGGGAGAACAGGAAGAAGAGAAAAAAGAAAGAGGAGAAAGAAGAGGAAGAUUAGAAAGAGUGGAAAAGGAGAAAGGCAGAGUAGGAAAAGGAGGAGGAAUAGAAGAAAGAGAGAAAAGAGGAAUAGGAAGAGUAGGAGGAUGAGAACAAAGAGGAGGAAGACUAGGAACGGUAGGAGGAGGAGGAGGAGGAGGAGGAAGCGUAGAAAGAGGAAAAAAAAAAAAAAGCCAGCCAGCCAGCCAUAAAGCCACGUACACAAACAAACAAACAAACGAACAAACAAAAACAUCAUGUAUAUAAUAUUGCUUCACACACACACACACACACACACACACACACACACACACACACACACACACACCGCAGCGCCCAUCCACUCUCCGUUACCCUCCACCUUGAGAGAGAGAGAGAGAGAGAGAGAGAGAGAGAGAGAGAGAGAGAGAGAGAGAGAGAGAGAGAGAGAGAGA